GGGCGCUGUAGUCUGUGUGCGCGCGAACCGGAGGGCCGCGGAUCGCACAGUCCAGGCUCUAGCUAGUCUGUGGGAACGCGAUCAGCGCACGUGCGGGACUGCGGGGCACGUGGGGUAGAGGUCACCUUCAGUCACCUCCAGGGGCCCCGUGGGCCCAAGUGGAAUGAUGCCCUCUGGCCAGGUGGAAGAGAAGCAAGCACCAGAGGAGGAGCCUGGGCCUGGCCUGGAGCACAAGGCUUGGCGCUGUCUGGUGACCUUCCUCUGCUUUUAUGGCUUCAUGGCACAGAUGCGGCCGGGUGAGAGCUUCAUCACUCCCUACCUCCUGGGGCCCUUCAAGAACUUCACCAAAGAGCAGGUAACCAACGAGAUCAUGCCGGUGCUGACCUACUCUUACCUGGCAGUGCUGGUGCCCAUCUUCUUGAUCACUGAUUACCUGCGCUACAAGCCAGUGCUGCUGCUACAGGGCCUAAGCUAUGUGUGUGUUUGGCUGCUGCUGCUCUUCGGCAGCUCAGUGCUGCACAUGCAGCUCAUGGAGGCCUUCUACAGCAUCACCAUGGCUGCCCGCAUUGCCUAUUCCUCCUACAUCUUCUCACUGGUGUGCCCCACCCAUUACCAGCGCAUGGCCAGCUACUCCCGGGCGGCAGUGCUGCUGGGAGUCUUCACCAGCUCAGUGCUGGGCCAGUUGCUGGUCACAGUGGGCCGCAUGUCCUUCCCUGUGCUCAACUACAUCUCCCUGGGCUUCCUCAUCUUCAGCCUGGGCCUUGCCCUCUUCCUGAAGCGCCCCAAACGCAGCCUCUUCUUCAACCGCAGCGUGCCUGUGCAGGGAGCCUUGCCUUGUGAGCUGGACCAGAUGCACCCCAGUGUGGGCCGGCCAGAACCCCAUGGGAAGCUGGAGCGUGUGCUGCACACCUGCAGGGACUCCUUCCUGGUGCGCAUGCUGCGUGAGCUGGGGGCCAAUCUGCAGCUGCCACAGCUGCGCCUCUGGUGUCUCUGGUGGGUCUUCAACUCAGCUGGCUACUACCUGAUCGUCUACUAUGUGCACAUCCUGUGGAACGUGGUGCACCCCACUACUGACAGCACCCAUGUCUACAAUGGUGCAGCUGAUGCUGCCUCCACGCUGUUGGGCGCCAUCACAUCUUUUGCCGCGGGCUUCCUGAAGAUCCGUUGGGCCCUAUGGUCGAAGCUGGUCAUCGCAGCUGUGACUGCUAUCCAGGCUGGGCUGGUCUUCCUUCUAUACACCACCAAAAACAUCUGGCUUUGCUAUGCUGCCUUCGUGGUCUUCCGUGGAGCCUAUCAGUUUCUCGUGCCCAUUGCCACCUUCCGGAUUGCGUCUUCCCUAUCUAAAGAGCUGUGUGCACUGGUCUUUGGGAUCAACACGUUCCUGGCCACUGUUCUCAAGACCUCCAUCACACUAGUCGUUUCUGACAAGCGGGGCCUGUUCCUUGAUGUCCACUCGCAGUUCCAAGUCUACUUCGUGUACUUCCUGGUGCUGUCCAUAGUCUACUUCCUGGGCGCGCUGCUGGAUAUCCUGUGUCACUUCCGGCAGAGCCACCACCAACCCCUGCCUGUGGUCCAGGAAUUGCAGAGCCCCUCAGAGAAGGUUGUGUCGGUGCUGAGCAUGCAGGAUGGGAACCUGCAUGGCCUGCAGCCUUCAGCUCUGCCACUGCCCCCUGAGGACAGCAUGGAGGACGGCGAAGGGCCCAUAGGGAUUGGGGCCAAGGCCUGACCCCCAUCUUCUUCUGACGCAGCCCAGCAGGUGGAAUGAUUCCCAAGCAGAGGCAGCACCUCCAUUUGCUGUCCUGACCUAACCCCAGCUGGUGACCCAAGCCAGUGUCCUACCAGGUCGUUACCACCCCAGUGCUGAGGAUGCAAACAGUGACACUGGCCCUCUGUGGUCCUACAGGGACCCAAGCCACAGGGUCCACCUGUCUUAGGUUAAAGGCCUUUGCUGCUGGCAGCUGUUGAGGCCCUUGGCUCUGCAUCACUCUCAGCAGUGGCUGGAGCCUGCUGGGGAUGCUCAGGGCAACUACCUGGCCAAUGGACCCCACAUUGUACAGUGGGCCUAGGCUGCCUUUGUUUUCUGAGAGGGGUGGGAUCUUCCAUGUCCACCAGGCCUGUGCCUUCACUCUGAGGGAGGGUGGAGCCAGUCUGUUUCCAGGGGCUAGUGAAGUAGGAUCACUAGCCCCACCAGGUCCUGGGCUGGUGGGAGGGGUGCCUUCCCUCAGGCCUGGCUAAACUGUGAAUUCUUAUCUGUCCUCAGGGUCCUGGGCCUCCAGAGCGGGUGGGAGCUAUCCCCAGGCCAUGGGUGAAUGGUGACCUUCUGCUUGUCAUAGGUGCUUGCAUGUGUGAAUGAUACUCCUCUGAAUCAGUGUCUAGCUUCUCUGUGGUGUGUGAGAAGCUACCUGGGAGGGAUGGGAAGGAAGCUCCAGCCUUGCUGGCCUGGGCCCCUCAACAUAGUUCCUGUUCCUGCCCUGUGCGGGAGAGGAGCUUGCAGCCUAUCGGGACCAAGGGCACAGCCUCCUUCAAGCUAGGCUUGCCUGAAGCACAGGGCUGUUGGGUGGGCGUCUUCCUGGGGCAUAUGUGCAGCAGUCAGCCCUGUGCAUUCUUUUCUGUGUUGAAUACUUUUCUCCAGACACAUUAAUUAAACAUCAAGAACCUGUGUGUUGGAUGGG